AUGCUAGGGUCAGGGCGGAUCGAACGGUUGGGAUCAGGGGGAAAGGAUGUGUUAGGGUCAGGGCGGGUUAGGAUUGGUCCUGGUGAUGUGUUGGUGAUUGAGGAAGGCGAGGGUAAGAGUGAGAAGCGAGAGCGGCGAGAGAGGGAGAAGAGGGAUGGGAGAGAGGAUAGAGGGACGGGGGAGAGGCGAGAGAAGAAGGAUGCACGCGGAGGGGAGAUGGGAGAGAGGGGAGAGAGGAGAGAGAAAGGGAGGGGAGAUGGGGUUGGGUGGAAAGGGGAUGGGGAUGGGGAUGGGGAAGGGGGAAAGGCUGGGAGGGAUGGUGGUGAGGAGAGGAGGGUGCUUAGAACACUUACGAGAUAUGAUGGGCAUGUGAGGGAACAUGAGAGGAAUCUGGCCUCCUGUGGACGAACGCUGACUAGGUAUGGAGGGGGGAAGGAGGAGAGAGAGGGGAUGGGUGCAGCGGAUGGGGUAGAUAGAAGAGCAAGAAGGACACUUACCACGUAUGGGGGAGGGUUGGUGAAGAGUGGGAGUGGGGAGGAGGGGCGCAGGGGGAAGGAGAGUGGGAGUGAGAAGGAGAGGGCGAGGAGUGGGAGUGAGAAAGAGAGGGGUAGAGAUGGAGGCAGUGGAAGAGAGAGGAAGAGUGGGAAGGAGGGGAGAAGUGAGAUGGAGGGAGGGAGUGGUAAGGAGCGAGGGAGCGGGAAGGAAAGGAGUAGUUCUUUAGGGAGACGCAGCAGUGGGAAGGAUGAGAGAUUGGUGUCUGAAGAAUCGGAGAUGGGAGAGAUUGGAGAGUCGAGUGUUAAACUGUCUCAAAGAUUGUCUCUCGGGAGGCGCAGCAGUGGGAAGGAUGGGGUGGUGGUGGCAGAAGGAGCGGAGGUUGGUGAAGAAGAGAUUGCGGCAGCUGUUUUGCUGGUUGAUCAAGGGGAAGGGGAGGGGGCGGAGAGGGUGGAGGGGAGGGAGGGAGAGGAAAAGGGGAGUGAAGUGGAAGGUAGGGAGGAGAAAGAGGGAGAUAAGAGGAGAGAGAGGAGUAAGGAGAAGGAGCGGGAGAAGGAUAGAGAUAAGGAGGAGAAGGAGAAAGAGAAGGAAGGUAGAGACAAGGACCGGCAUAGGCACAAGCACAGGCACAGGGAAAAGGGUAGAGUUGGAGAGAGAGAAGAGGAGAAGGGCAGAGGGAAGGAUGAAGUUGCAGAGCAUAGGACGAGGCAUAGGGAUGGAGAGAGGGAGAGAGGGAAAGACAGGGAGAAGGAGAAGGAGAAGGAUAGGGAGAAGGAGAAGGAGAGCGAGAGGGAUGGGGAGGGGGAGAAGGAGGAGAAGCAACGGAGUAAGGAGAAGGAGAGAGAGCGGAGGAAGGAAGGUGAGAGGAGCAGGCACAGGGACAAGGAGAAAGGAAGAAAGAGGGAGGAGAGGCACCGAAGCCAUAAGGACAGAGAGAGGGGGAGUGAGAGAGGGAGUCAGAGGGGGAGUGGGAGAGGAGAUGAGGGUCUGGCAGGUGGAGGAUUAGGUGAGAUUUCAGGUGAAUUUUCAGGUGUGCAGAUUGAGAGAGAGGAAAGUAAUGCGAACAGUGGUGCUGGGCCUGUAACGCCUGGUAAGGAUAACCAGGAGCGGGAGGAAAGGAAGGAGAAAGAGGGGUCUAGGCAUGUGCACGGACAUAGAGAGAGGGAGAAAGGGGACAGGUCGAGCCGGCAUAGGCAUAGAGAUAAGGACAAGGAUAAGGAUAGGGGUAGGGAUAAGGAUAGGGAUAAGGAGAAGGAUAGGAAACGAGAGAAGGAUGGAGACAGAGAGAAGGAAAGGGGGCGGGAGGAGAGGGAAAAGGAGAAGGGUCGGAGCAGUGGGAAAGAGAGAACUAGGGAUACGAGUGAGGAUGUAGGGGAUGGUGGUGAUGGGGACAGAAGCAGGGAAGAGAAGGAUGUAGAUAAGCAGGAGAAGGAGAAGGAGAAGGCGAAGGAGAAGGAGGAGGAGAAGGAGAAGGAGGAGGAGAAGGAAGGGAGGGGUGUUCUAGUGAGAGAUCAGAGCAAUAGUAGCUCUAAAGGCAGACACAGGGACAAGGGCCAGGAGAAGGAGAAGAGCAGAGAGCGAGAGAAAGACAAGGAGAGGAAGAAGGAGAGGGACAAGGAGAAGGAAAGGGAGAGGAACGGAGAGAAGGACAGGGAGCGGAGCGGGGAGAAGGAGAAGGAGAAGGAGAAGGAGAAGGAGAAGGAGAAGGAGAAGGAGAAGGAGAAGGAGAAGGAGAAGGAGAAGGAGAAGGAGAAGGAGAAGGAGAAGGAGAAGGGGUCGAAGAUGAGGGAGAGGCAGGGCAGUGGGAGGAGCAUUGACAGUGGCAUCAGCAGGAGCGAGUCUGGGGAGCAUUCGAAGGUUUCUCGCUCGUCCAGCCGCAGCAAGGGUGGUGGUGGAGAAGGAGCAGCAGCAGCAGCAGCAGCAGCAGCAGCAGCAGCAGCAGCAGCAGCAGCAGCAGCAGCAGCAGCAGCAGCAGCAGCAGCAGCAGCAGCAGCAGCAGCAGCAGCAGCAGCAGCAGCAGCAGCAGCAGCAGCAGCAGCAGCAGCAGCAGCAGCAGCAGCAGCAGCAGCAGCAGCAGCAGCAGCAGCAGCAGCAGCAGCAGCAGCAGCAGCAGCAGCAGCAGCAGCAGCAGCAGCAGCAGCAGCAGCAGCAGCAGCAGCAGCAGCAGCAGCAGCAGCAGCAGCAGCAGCAGCAGCAGCAGCAGCAGCAGCAGCAGCAGCAGCAGCAGCAGCAGCAGCAGCAGCAGCAGCAGCAGCAGCAGCAGCAGCAGCAGCAGCAGCAGCAGCAGCAGCAGCAGCAGCAGCAGCAGCAGCAGCAGCAGCAGCAGCAGCAGCAGCAGCAGCAGCAGCAGCAGCAGCAGCAGCAGCAGCAGCAGCAGCAGCAGCAGCAGCAGCAGCAGCAGCAGCAGCAGCAGCAGCAGCAGCAGCAGCAGCAGCAGCAGCAGCAGCAGCAGCAGCAGCAGCAGCAGCAGCAGCAGCAGCAGCAGCAGCAGCAGCAGCAGCAGCAGCAGCAGCAGCAGCAGCAGCAGCAGCAGCAGCAGCAGCAGCAGCAGCAGCAGCAGCAGCAGCAGCAGCAGCAGCAGCAGCAGCAGCAGCAGCAGCAGCAGCAGCAGCAGCAGCAGCAGCAGCAGCAGCAGCAGCAGCAGCAGCAGCAGCAGCAGCAGCAGCAGCAGCAGCAGCAGCAGCAGCAGCAGCAGCAGCAGCAGCAGCAGCAGCAGCAGCAGCAGCAGCAGCAGCAGCAGCAGCAGCAGCAGCAGCAGCAGCAGCAGCAGCAGCAGCAGCAGCAGCAGCAGCAGCAGCAGCAGCAGCAGCAGCAGCAGCAGCAGCAGCAGCAGCAGCAGCAGCAGCAGCAGCAGCAGCAGCAGAAGGAGCAGCAGCUGGAGUCCCAGCAUCAGCAGCAGCAGCAGGUGCAGCUGUAGGAGCGGCAGCAACAGCCGCAGCAGCAACGGGAGCAGCAGAUGCAGCAGCAGCAGCAGCAGCAGCAGCAGCAGAUGCAGCAGCAGCAGCAGCAGCAGCAGCAGCAGAUGCAGUGGCAGCCACAUCAUCACGACCAGCUUCACCUGCUUUGGCAGCAGCAGCAGCAGCAGGAGGAGGAGGAGGAGGAGGAGCAGGAGGAGCAGGAGGAGCAGGAGUAGGAGCAGGAGUAGGAGUAGCGGCUCUGGAGAGGCCCAAGAGCCCAGGGACGGAGUUUGCGUUUCUGGUGGAGGGGAGUGGCGUGGGUGGUGGGUGUGUAGGGAGCGGUGGUGGGAGCGAUGGGGUUGGUGUGAGAGACGGCGGUGGUGGGGAAGCAGAGGCGAAUGCAGCGGGAGGAUUGGGAGCAGCGGCAGCAGGGGCAGCAGGGGCGGAAGCGAAAAAGGAGGUGCUAGAUGAGGGAGCAUUCGGGGAAGGAGAAGAGGAAUUUGGAACGGAGGAGUUUGGAUCGGAAGAGUAUGGAGAGGAGCUAGAGGCGAGUGAGUUUGGGUCGUCACUAGAUGAGGAAUUAGAGGAGGAGAUAGAAGAGGAGUUGGAGGAGCUGAGGAGGCGGAGGGCGGAAGCGCAGAGGAUACUGGAAGAGGGGGAAGAGGGGGGCAUCGCACGCGCCAAGCACAGCAACCUGGCCGAGCGCUGCCAAGAAAUAGACCGUCUCUACUACUCCUUCGACCUCGGCCCCGGUCUCCUCGCCUCAAACCUCUCAGCAGAAGCCCGGGAGCUGCGGCACUUGCACCCGGAGGAUAUACUAGCAUUGGCGGCGCAUUUAACACGGAUGAGUUUGCACGAGCCGGCGUUUCACCUGGGGUUGCGGGCGGUGUCGUCUGGGAGGCUGACGGUGGUGCAGUUUAAGCAGGUGCUAAGGAUGGUGUUUGCGAGCGGGGGAACGGAGACGUUCAGCGCGAGAUGGCUGGGACGGGGGCUUUCGAACGCGCUGUCUGGGGCGAUGGUGCCGAUAGAGCAGGGGGAGGAGAGGGCGAUAGAGGUGAUAGAGGAGAUGGCUGCGCCGCAGGCGGCGCUGGGGUGGGGCGUGUGGCUGCGAGUGGGGCGGCUGGUGGAAGGCGAGAGGAAGCGCCUGCCGGUGCUCCUGGAGUCAAUGCAAGUCAAAUCGGUCAUGCACACGUAUAAGGGCAUAGAUGAGAACGGGGAGUCAUCUGAUUCGCUCUCCCUCGCCGUCUUUGACUGGGGUGCCAGGGGGCUGUGCAAGCACCUGCCAGCAGACGACCCGGCAGCCGCACUGCUUGAGGUCAUCUACCCCCUGGACGAGGAGCGGGUGUCGCUCGUGCUCUCGCUGUCGGCGCGCAUCGCUGCUGCGCACGUGCACGGGGGCAAGUGGCAGGGCGUGGACGCGCCUGUGCUGGUGGCGCAGCUUCUCACUCUGGCCGAGCAAUGUGAGUUGGGACGGCAGUGA